GUCGCGCAGUUAAAAGUGACAACCUUGUCUUUUGUUGCUCUUUAUUUUCGUCAUUUUCAUGUGUUAUUUUUCCUCUCUAUUUGUCCACCAAUUUUCCUGCCCAUCACAAUCCUCCACAAUUCCCACCUUAUCUGUCGCCGUGACUGUCCAAUUCUCCCCAUUAGCCCGCUCGCCACCCGUGCCGUGCCCCUCCACAUGUGCUGACCUGUUGCUCUCUGGGCGCGAGGAAGUUUCUGCGAGGAGAUAAAUUGUGGCGAUAGACGGUUCCGCAGUCUUGUGCGAGUGCUCGGGCAAUGUGCACGAUGGUGAACUCAUCGGUCCGGGAGAACUUUGUGAGCAACGCCCACGCGCGCAUCAAUCUCUACGACGUGCCCGUGACGGCGCUCCGGGCCAAGUCGCGCGAGCUGCUGGCCAUACUGCUGGACCCCAUCAAGUACCUGCCGUCGGAGGAGGGCCGGCAGCGCGACUGGCGCGGCCUGGUGGACUUCCUGGGCUUCCGGAAUCGCGAGACGGCCUUCCUGGCGUCACAGCGCAGCGCCACGGUGAAGCUGCUGGAGAUGAUGGGCAAGCGCACGGACGAGGUGAUCAGCCUGGCGGAGCUGCAGCGCAUUCUGGGCAUCAUUGAUCGAUGGGACGUGGUGGACGACACCAAUCAGUCAUUCCUGGAAGACGCGGAAAUCUUCCUCACAGCGAAAACCAUGAUUGUCGCACUGCCGGACAAGAGUGAGUCUGAGACACAUUUCGACGAUGACAUCAAUGUUCUCACCAAUGACGACGCUCCGGGCAAUCCGCAGAGAUACGACGCCUUCGUCCUCUUCGCCGACGAGGACAUCGAAUAUGCCACGGAGCUGAUUGAGCGCCUCGAAGACAGUGGCUUCAAGCUAUGCGAAAAGAGUCGCGACCUGAAGGCCGGACAUUUUGAGCACGAUGCGAUUUGUCGACUGAUAGCGGACAGAUGCAAUAAGUUGAUCAUGAUCGUGACCCGAGCCUUCCUGCAGAGUGAAGCCAAUAAAUUCUUCAUGAACAUGGCGCAACACUACAGUAUUGAAAAGCGCCGCAGAAUGAUCAUCCCUUGUGUGUAUGAGAACGUUCUUCUGCCACCGAAUCUCAGCUUCUACUUCGUACUCCAUUAUCAGAGAUCUGGAAAGUUGUACAACUACUGGGACAAGCUGAAGCAAUCCAUCCAGAAUACACAGGCAGAGACACUGGCCAGUCUGCCAGCCAAUCCGCGCAUCACAAUCACCGAAGUUGACACACCACAAGCGUCCAAAUUGGCCAUCAAGGCGGACGACACGAGCCCCAUUCAUCCCAUUUACAACUCCUCGAAGCCCGUGCUGGUGCUCAAGAAGUCUUACAGCCCAGAGCCACAGAGGAAGAUCAUGCCGCCGCCGCAGAAGAUGCGCACAGUGUCCAUGUGGGAGUUGAGCAGCACACAAGAGGCGCCGGGAAAGCAACUGUCCACGAGCUCACUCAGUCCCAGCGACUCCAUCAGUCCGUCCAGCACGAGUGGCAGCAAGAAGGGCAAGUGGUACAAGAAGCUCCUGACGCCGAGCAGCCGGAAGACCAGCGAGAGUGGCAGCGGAGUUGAGGAUGAUGCAAUUUCCACGGGAUCGGCCACGUCCGCGGGCAAGGAGAAGACCAAGAAGCGGUGGUUCACGAAGAAGAAAAUCGCCGUCGCCAUGUGACGGCGUCAAAAGGCGGGAAGAAAUCUUGCAAUAUUUUUUUGGUCCAACUGCGAUAUGAAGAUUAUACGAAAUAAUGUGCAUUCCAGGUAAUUUGCUAUUGCGAGUGAUGAUAAAAUCUAGUUGAUUGAAUAAAAUUGUACACUUUUCCUCGGAAUGAAAAUUGUCUUUUUCACCAACAUGAUUGAGAAAUCUUCACAGGAAAAUUAUUAAGGAUCAUUUGACACAUUAAACACCCUGAAGAUUCUCUGCGUGCGAAGAAGGGAAAUGUGAUCAAUUUGGGAUAAAAAAGAUUAGGUUGUUUGUUUUUCUGGUAAAUCACAUACUCCUUAAGCGAUUAAAUUUAUUUAUUUGUAAGUAAUUUAUACAUAGUUUAACAGAAAUAUUCUAUACAAAACGUUAGUUUUUUUUUCUUUUCCUCUCAUUAUUUAAUCAAUUAAUUUUAUGUAAUUUGCAUAUAAUUAUUUUUUGAAUUUUUUUUUUACCAUUUCAUGCGUGAAUUUAUAUAUUAUAUUAACCCGUUUAGUAAUUCUUUAUAUAUUUAUUAAAUAUAUGUACGUUUUAUCUUAAUUAUUUGAAUUUAAAUAUUUGUUUUAAUCUCUAUUUAGUAUGACUCGAGCUAUUUCUUCAUGUCACUUUUUUCAUCUUCUUCUCUUUCUCAGAUUAACGGUUGUUGCCUUGUCGUUAAUUAUAUAUAUUUUUUUCUUCUUUCUUCUUUUAUAAAUAAAUCGAUUACGUACGUCGAUUCGUUUUCUGUUGCUAUAUAUUUUCAUAAUUCACAAAAAUAUUGUAUUGAAUCCAGUUCUUAGUUUAUUUUUUUUCCUUUAUUUCAUGUUCCUCAUGUAUAUUAAAGUGAUGAUUAACCUCAUUUUUCUCCUCUUCUUCUUUAAUGUUUUACGAAUACGUGACGUGUGUGUUGUGUUUUUUUUCUUUAUUCUUCUUUUAGCUAAUUAACCAUAAUUUUUUUUUAGGGAUUAGGGCAGUGUCAGG